UUUAUUCUGGUACGCGUCUACCUAAUUUUGUAUUGCACUGCUGCAAGUCUUCGCCCAGACUCUAUAACAAAUUCUUAAGCUCAUUAAAUUUUCCUCAUGUUGUUGAAAGUAGAUUGAAGCUACUAAAAUCGAUCAAUAACACGGUGAAUCAAUGGCUGCUUCAAUCUCAUACAUUCUAAUUCCUUUGUCCAAAACGCAUCAAGCUAGCUUCCCACCAAGUCUAAUCCCAACACCACCACCAUCGUAUAUCACCCAAAUCCAAAAGUCAACCACGAAACUCAUAGUCCGCAACAACAAAAACAACUCCUCCUCCUCCGCGAUCUCCACCGCCGAUGUGUGGCGAGAAAUCCACGGCGAGAAUGACUGGGCCGGGCUUUUGGAGCCCAUGGACCCUACCCUGCGGCGGGAGCUGAUCCGCUACGGCGAGAUGGCACAGGCCUGCUACGACGCUUUCGACUUCUACCGUUUCUCCGAGUACCGCGAGAGCUGCCUCUUCCCGCGCCGUGACUUCUUCGACUCCCUCGACAUGUGCCACCAUGGCUACAUCGUCACGCGCUACCUCUACACCACCGGCAGCAGCUUUUUCAAGAAGUGGAGCAACCAAGCUAAAUGGGCUGGGUACGUCGCCGUUUCAGAUGACGCCACCUCUCACCGACUCGGCCGCAGGGACAUCACCGUCGCGUGGCACGGCACCAGCGCGUACCUCAAGUGGGUGCCGUACCUCGUACCUGUCUCCUCUCACUCCAUCCCUUGCCCCGAUCAAAAAGUUAAGAAGGUGGAAUCUGGGUUAUUGGAGCUUUACACCAAUAAAGACCAAACAUGCAGAUAUUGCAAGUACUCGGCGAGGGAACAAGUUCUCUCUGAGUUGAAGAGGUUGAUGGAGCGCUACUACGACGAGGAACUAAGUAUCACUGUCACGGGUCACAGUCUGGGGAGCGCGUUGGCUGUUUUGAGCGCUUACGACAUCGCUGAAAUGGGGUUAAACGGGAAGAGGAACAACAAUGUCAUUCCGAUUUCUGUGAUGUCAUUUUCGAGCCGAAGGGUUGUGAAUACGAGGUUCAAGGAGAGGUUAGAAAUGUUGGGGGUGAAGGUGCUAAGGGUGGUGAAUGUGCAUGACAUGGAGGUCAGGCCGCCGAGGGUGAUGAAGCUCGUGGAUGAUCUGUUGUGGAGUUAUUCUCAUGUUGGGGUGGAACUGGCGUUGGACCAAAAGAACUCACCUUUUCUUAAGCCGGAUGUCGAUCCUGCCUCUGCCCAUAACUUGGAGGUUCUUUUGCAUUUGAUUGACGGGUUAGUGUCAUUAAAUAAUUAUCUCUAUACCUUAUCGUCAUGCAUGAGUUGAGUUCAGAUUCUCUACAACUUGAACAACAAAUAAAUCACCCAAAAUUAUAUUCCCUUGUCCCUAAUUACAAGACCUCAUGAGGACUAUUACAGUUUUAAGAAAAUAUGUAAUGAGUCUAAUUAGUGCAUUUGUUUUUAAAAAAUUCAUACAAUUUUUCCUAAUUACCAGAAUUUCAUGGGUAAUAUAAGAAAAUGAAUAAUUUUUUUACAAACUUAUUGCUAACAGUUUGAAAUACCCCUUAGUGCGAAGUCCGGAAUACUCCUGGUGCGAAGUUCAGAAUAUUGAGUCUACCCUAGUUAGAAUCUGUAAAGAAUUAUUCUUGAACAUAAUUCAUUCUCUUUACAUAUGGAAAGCAUUGGUAGCCAAAAACUCUUAGUCUAGGGUAAUAUGGUCUUUUAGACUUUUACGCCCAAAACUCCAGAGUAUGAAGUUUCUUUACCAAUGGAAAAUACUGACAAUUGAUAAAUAAGGAAACCAACUAUUAAGGAAGCAUUAACCCAAAAUGAAAAACUCAAGUUAAUCCUGUUUUGACAAUGUGAUGAUGAUGUUUGUGUUUGGCAAGACCAUUUUACUAUGGCGUAUAAGGAAAUGCAAGUUGCUGAGAUAUUCUUUUGUAAGCUAAAUAAUUCAUGAACUUAAUUGUAAGUGAUUAAUCUUUGAAACUCCUCCGUCCUCACUUUGAAAGUCUUUAAUCUUCCACUGAAAAUGUUUCUCAAUAGAGGCUUGAAGUUUAAGAAAUCAAGUAUAAAAGUCAGAUUUAUUUCUUAAAUGAUAUAAUCAUGUUCUCUCUUGAUGCUUUGUUCCUCUGUUCCUUCUGCGGCAAGGGUUCCUCUCCCAUUCCAUGGCUUGCAGCGGGGCGUGCGUUCAACUAGUGGAGCCCCAAUUUCUAUGGAAGAUGCGGACGACGAUGGAGACCCCUCGCACAAAAAUGACAACACAGAUCAGGAAAAAGGAAAAAGAAGGAUCCUCUAUUUCAUCCUUUACCCUGUUCGUCGAUGGGAUCCCUAAUCUCGUCGACUACUUCCAUAUUCGUCCUCUCUUUGGCCACAUCGGAAGCUUGGUAAACGUCUUUGUUCAGAAGCAGAGUAGGUUUGGGAGGGCCUACCAUUUCGGUUGCCUGAGGUACUCGUUGUUAGAACUAACUACUUCAGCGAUAGAUUUGCUCAACGCCGUUUCGAUUUCGUGAGGUACCUUUCGGUGGCCUUGGGAAAAAUUUCCAAAAUCAGUAAGUGUCGGGUUGAGUGCUACCGAGGACAAUCUUUCGCCAUCGCCAGUGAAGGUUGGCUGUGUGUUAGCUCCUUCAAAUGACGAACUCAAGAUGAUCAUAGAGCUCUCUAGGGACUCUCCUUGCUCUAGCUGGCUGACGAUGCUCCUUUUCUCGGAGACCAUCAAUUCUUGGUUCCUGGGAGGCUCGACUUUAGGUGAGGAGGAACGUUGUUCUUGCGAUGCCCUUUUCCAGAAUUGGGAUUGGGUGAUCUUGUCUCUGUUGGUGACGUUUGCCUGGAAGGUUUUUUUUACUCCCUUCUCCGGUCUGUGGUGGUGUUGGAGUGGAUAUCCAGCGGGUUGUGAGGUAGUUACAGUGUCGGAGCGGCAGAGGAGGGGUCGACAAAGGAAAGGCUCGAUAGUAGGAAAACAGAAGGACAAAGGAGUGUUGGUUGAUGAGGUCGUCAUGCAAUUGGUGGUAAAGGAAUCUUUUUUGAUUCUCCCUAAAGCUUGUGGCUCUGCUUGUGCUCUGACAUGAGCUCGUAGGGACUUUCUAAUUGUCAAAUGUAAGACCCAAGAUUUUAAGCUUAGGAUCAGUGGAAGAGAUUUCCAUUUACGAUUAGGGUUGAUGUAUUGUGAAAGAAAACCUGAACUAGAGUUUACCAAAUGAAAUAAAUUUAUGAAGGAGAAAGUUCAGGAAAAGUCAAAGGAUUACAUCAUGAUCGAUAAAAGUUAUAGUACGAUCGUUAUACGCUUAACCUAGGUCAGAAACCCUAGUAUAUAGCUAAUUUUCACUUUUAGGCACGACGGAAGUUAAUUCCAAAAAUCUUCAGAGAAAUGUUAGAACUUCUCUUUUUCCAUAUAUCACAAUCGUUUCGAGGCGAAACUCUAGGAUCUACGAACGUCCGAUUCCAAUCAUCGGAAGUUUGUCGAAACCGAAUCCCUGGUAUUUCAAAACCCUAGAAUUUCUCGACAAUGAAGACUUUAUCUAUUCAGAGCUUCAAAUGAAUAUUCUACACGCGUACACCCAUUUCUCUUGAUGAUUUCAAUCUUUCUUCCGAAGGAAGUUUUCUAUUCCGACAUUCGAUGCAAAAAGCAACUUAUCGGGUAAAAUAGUUUUAUACCGACUAUGCUUUAGUUGCCAAAAAUACAAAGAGACCUCAUUUUAGUUUUGGAAUUCUUUCGCCAAAACCUAUCUUAGAAUUCACGGAGAAUGACGCCGGAAAAAUCAGAUUCGCGAAACUUUCAUUUUACCGCGUUUUGCCAACCUCUAUAUAUAGCCAAGAAAUGAAAAAAAAAACAAAUAUCUUACCCAUUUCAUCCAAGGAGGCCGCGAGUUUGAGAGGAGAGGAGGAGAAGAAGAUUUUGUUCAAUCCUUGCUUGAUCGUUGAUUAAUCAGUUGCUGCUUCAAGGUUUCGAGGUAUAGUCGCUAAUCCUUACCUCUGAUCGCUUUUUCCAUAGCUUUUCUGUAGAGUUUUCUGAGCGGAUAGUUUAUGGGUUUUUGCAAAACUAUCCUGAAUCUUUCAUUUCUGAUUCUAAACCUCUUCUAUAUGUGCCCAAGAUCACUUCUGCUGGAUUAGAUUUUCCGUUAUGUCGCCGGAAUUCCGCCGGAAUCAAUUUUAGCCUUAAAUACCCAUUUUUGGAGUUUUUGAGGUAAAGCUUCAACCUUUAGGUUAAAAACUAUCGCCUUAGCUUAGUGUUAGUAGGAUUAGUUGUCAUAAACGUCGUUAGUAACGUCCCUGCAAAAUUUGGUUUUUGGGAUUUCAGUUUUGAAAUUUCUAAGUUAAAAAUCAUGACCAAAAUACCCCUGCGACAGUUUUCGAUCCGAUAAUUUUUCCGAGUUCAGAAUACCCUUAGUUACGGCUAAUGAUAGCAUAGGAACCAAGUUUGAUCGAAGAAAAAUCGAGCCCCAUAAUUACCUAAAGUGGCCGAGCCCUAUUAAGGGGGAGGAGGAAAAUUUCCUUUUCCGAAAACUUGUCUUUCGCGCUAGAUUAUCGUAC